CCCAAUCAACGAGCAACACAAGCCCAAAUUUAAACAUUACGGCCAAACUACGUGAGUUGACAGUUCGGAUCUAAAGUUGGCCCUUUUUAUUAGAUCGUGGAACCCUCUUGCGUUUUUUUUCCUUCCUUGGUUGUCUGAAUGUGAUUGGACGAAGAUGUUGUUGGCGCCGAAAAUUAUGAACCUCAAAGUGACAAACUGGAACCGAACUUUGAUGUGGUCGUUGCUGGUUGCGCUGAUUUGCGGACAAUGGCUGAACAUUCGGCCGGAAAUUGCCACAGCUCAGAUCAUCGUGGAAGAUGUCGAUGUUCCGGCGACCAUUCUGGAGCUGGAUUUGGACAACAUAACAUCUUUCGACAACUACUUGGACGUGUUCAACAAGCGAUAUCUAGCUAAAUAUAGAAUCGAGCGUAGGAAGCACGCUUUCGAGAAGAACCUGGCGGAGAUUAUGCGGCACAACCAGGAAUUCAAGGAAGGCAACAGUCUGUUCCAGAUGGGUGUGAAUAAUUUGGCUGAUUUGGACAACGAGCUGUACAAGAAGCGCAUGGUACGGAUGCGGGAUUCGAACCACCGGAUGAUCGACGUGGAGAUGAACGACGAAAUGGUGGGCGCCGCCGGAGGAUCAGCAUCGUCAUCGCCGCAAGGAAUGCCCGAAAGUUUGGACUGGCGCCAGCAGGGCUUCAAGACCGGAUCCGUUAAUCAGAAAACUUGCGGUUCUUGCUAUGCGUUCAGUAUUUCCUACGCCAUCAGCGGCCAAAUCAUGCAACGCAUCGGCCGAAUGGAAUUCGUUAGCCAGCAACAGUUGGUCGAUUGUUCGGUCGAGACCGGAAAUCAGGGCUGUGCCGGGGGCUCCUUGCGGUACGCUUUGAAGUAUCUGGAGCAGAGUGGCGGAAUUAUGCGGGAGGUGGAUUAUCCUUACACUUCCUCGGUAGGUUUACUCUUACUAACUUUUAUUUUGGGUGGGCGGCGAAUGGGGGAAAUUCGAGAAAAUCAUUUCAGCAGAUUUUGCCAAUCCAGCAGCAGCAACAGCAACAGAAGACGGAACGAUAUUUGCGGUAAUAGAGGUAAUUAAAUUAUUGGAAAUUUAGGAGUCAAUCGGUAAGGAUUUGUACACGUGUUGCUGUUAUUCAGCUGGUUAGUAGACUGAGUCAAUUUGGAGUCAUUUUUCAGGUUCUCAAACCCUGGGGUCCAAAAAACUGUAUCCGACUAACAAUUUUUGAAAGAA